CGACAUGGCUUCCCCCGCUGCUGCUGUUGCGUCCUCCUCCUCCGCCGGCGCCGGCGCGGAGAAGAUCAAGAUCACGAUCAAGAGCGAGACGAGCGCCUUCUCGCUCGAGACGUCUCCGUCCGAGAGCGUGGCGGGCGUCAAGGCCGCGUACCAAGAGAGCGGAUCACACGCCGACACGCCCAACAACUUCAUCCUGCUGCUGCACAAGGGCAAGGAGCUGCCCGACGAGAAGACGCUGGCGCAGCUGGGCAUCACGGACGGAGACGUGCUGGUGCACAUCGAGGCGGCCCACCAGCCCUUCCACCCGCUCAACUACAAGCUGCUGGCCGAGAGCAUCAAGACGCGCAGGAAGCACGAGGACUCGAACCUGCAGAUGCUCAAGGAGGACAACAUCUGGGCCGCGGGCGCGGACGGCACCGUGCACCGCCUCGGCAUGGAGAAGAGCAUCAUCUCGCGCUCGCUGAACGGCAGCCUGCCGCCGCACUUCGCGCAGAAGAAGGUGGGCGCCGGCCGCGCCUUCUUCAACCAGCUCUCGGUGCGCGUCAACGGUUGCAGCUACCACGUGCUGCCCAGCAUGGAGGGCCGCUGGAACGGAGAGCUCACGACCAUCCCGGAGCAGGACGAGGGCAGCCAGGUGUGCUCCAACGACCUGGUCUUCCGCGACGACGAAGGCGUGUGGAGCCAGCGCCAGUCCAGGACCACCAUGAGCGGCCUCACCUCCAUGCAGCACAUGUGGAUCAAGCCCGUGUCCGACGGCAUCCUCAAGAUCGAGACGGACGACCCAACGCUGCGCGGGUCCGACAUCACCAUGCAGGAGCUCGGCACCAAUGUCAUCAUCGUCACGGCCACCUCCAAGCGCUCAGGCCGCCCGUUGAUGGUGGAGACGAUCACAGGCAUCGACAGCUCGCGGCGUCUGCGCACGAUCCAGCGCUUUGACGAGUCGGGCGCGUUCCGCUCCGUGUACGUCAUGAACGAGGUCAGAGUCGUGGACGCCGUGUCUGGAGCCAUGGAGAAGUACGACAACGUCUUCUGAGUUCGAAAGUUCACGCGAUAGUCUGCAGCUGGACUUGGACGUAGGCCCAGCGCAAAACGACAGGAAUUGCAUACAACCAAGCAAGACGAAGCGCACGAAGUUGUAGGAGUAACAAAGCUAAUUGAAAGGGCAACGGGUUGCGCUUUAUAGGUAUACGCUUGUUAUCGUCACUCGCCAUGCCACCUACCGAACUCUAAAAUACCAGUCUCUCGACAUUUUUCACUGC